GACACGACGGCCGCCGGAGUGCGGCGACUCAGUCGCUGCGCGGCGCUGGAGCUGGGAACACGGCCCGCGAGCUGCGUCUGAGACUAACGCAGGUGUGCGCUGGACGGACACAUAGGACGGACUCGGAUUGAGAGAUCGACAGACAGCAGAUAGGUCUACCGUGCAACGCUGCGACCAUGAUUCAGUUGUUGCUGCUGACGGCGCUGUCGGCGGCUGCCGGCGCCCAGUCGCUGACCGAGUGCCUAUCCCGGCGGCCGCUACAGGACGUGUCGGGUACCUCUCUGCCGCCGCUGAGCGUGCGUCAGGUGAGCGCGCCGCAGUCGUGCGUGCAGCUGCUCUGCACCGACGAUCCGCUGGUCGUCCACACGGACGGCGAGAUCACCUACGCCUCGGUCAACAUCGACGACACUUCUGCUCAGGGCUCGCUGUGCAUGGACGAAGUGCGAGGCUCGCGCGACGCCUACGUACGCUCCAACCUGCCGGUGACGUUCUACCGAGCCGGCGACGUGCACUUAGUCAUCCACGACUCGACCUGCCCGGCGACGCGGCUGGAGAAGCAGCGCCUGCUGCUCCUGACCGCGCUCAAGGGACAGUCCGUGCAGCCCCUCGAGGCGUUCAUUCUCUGCGACUCAGACCUGCAGGUCACCAAGCCGGCCAUGCACGUACAGAUGAGCAGUCAGGAGGGGACCGUGACCCACGUCACCAUGUACUCGGGUCCGCAGGCGCGCGCUGCCUCCAGUGGCUUCGUGCCGCAAUACGCCCGGCUGGAGAUCGCUAACGACUUCGUCGUGUCCGUGCUGAGUUCGUGCGUCGGUGACCCGACCAAGAUGGAGCUCAUCAACAAACUGGGUGCCACGUGGCUGGGGGAGAUGGACUCGUGUCUCCGGCUGCUGUGCCACUCGGGAAUGGAGGAGCUGGCGCUCGGGUACUACAACUAUCUCCUCUACGACAACGACAAGAUGGAGGGCGAGGCGUGUUUCAAGGCGCUGCAGACCAACCAGAUCGGCUCGACAGUCGACACGCCUCUCACCCAGGUGCGCGUGGUUAGCGCCGAGGGCGACUCGUGCACUGGCACCAAGAUCAUGGUGCUCAACCCGACCUACUCGGGAACAUCCAAGAAGCUGCAGCGUUUCCUCUACUACCAGGCGUACAAAAUCCACUCGUUCGACUGUCCGGAGCUCGCCGAGACCUGCCUGCAGCAGAAGCUGGCGCAGCUCGGCUACACGGGGCCGCGCAUCCCCACAAAGUCUGAGUUCCCGUACCAGUGCGCCAACCUGCUCUGCGACUCCAGGGUCGGCCUCUCGCCAACCGCCUUCUCCAAGACGGCCUUCCACGUCACCGUCGAAAACGACAAGAUGCGACCGCUCAACAACGUGUGCUUCAAGUCGCUGAGUCGCUCCAAGGCGGGUCGGCGCUCGGACUCUCAGACGGUUCGCGCUGACGUGCCCUCGCUCGGUGUCAGUGUGCUCUUCUCGCUUCUCUGAGGACCUCGCUGAAAUGUGUGCACUGUGCAUUGACCUCUUCUCACUCCUCUAAAGAUAUCGCGAGAAUACGUAUAGCUUCCAAAUGCUGUUCUCGCUCCUCGGAGGGUUCCAUAGAGUAAUUUCAAAGUGUUUCAAAGCAGAGGCAAAAUAAUUUCAUGCCUGCUCCUAUAGAUGAGGACGCUGCUCGAACAUCAGAUGGUUCUCUCCGGGGUUGGGGUUUGUGACAUUCAGCUCAUCACUGCAAUUGGAGCUCGGUGUUUUUGAUGCUGUUGUAGAAUGUGAUAGUGCCCAUAUCCUCCGUGCGUGAAAUGAAGUUUGUUAAAGUGUAUAUUGUUCAUAGAUUGUGUAUGUAUAUGCUAUUGUAUUGUGUCAUGUGAAAGUUAUGGGCCGCUAAAUGGAACUGCAGGAAGAGCUUGUAUGUCUUCAUGUGUGAAAAUGAUGAAUCCGUGGUAGAUUUGAAGAUAAAUACCUACAGGCGAGGGCGGUACGUGAGAUUACUGAUCACGUGAGAUCAGCCUCGUCACCCAGCCUGCCGUGAGUGCCUAACCAAUGCCUAACCAACCACGGGAGAGCUCUCCAUUGUCUUGAUUUACAUGUGUAUUGUGUACAUAUAUAAUAUACAUCCCUCUUGA